GAUAUAAAAAAACAGAACUCGAAAGUGAGAUGUGGGGAGUGGGAUUAAAGGAGGGGGAAAGUAACAGAGAUCAAUAGCCAAGAUUGGGUCCAUCCAUAUUUAUUAACAAGUCCUUUUUGUUUCUUUAUGCCUUCUUCUCUUCUCUUCUCUUCUCUUCUCUUGUUUCUGUGCACAAAUUCACUUCUCUUUCCAUUAUCUCUAUGGCAUGUUUAGAAAUGUACAACAACACUCAAUCCCCUUCUUCUCCUUCCCCUCCUCCAAUGAGCCCAAGAAUAUCAUUCUCAAAUGAUUUUGUUGAAUCCCAUAAUUCACAACAUAACUUCCCUUCUUCAAGGUCUGAAUUACCUCCCGCUUCUACUGAUUUUGAGUUUUCUGGGGUUUCAAGCUUUAAUAGUGUUAGUAGUGCUGAUGAAUUGUUCUUUAAAGGUAGACUUUUACCCUUUAAGGAUACUAACAAUGGUAGUAAUACCCAGAUGCAAAGAACAUUAAGAGAUGAACUUCUUGUUAAUGAUGAUGAACCUGAUUUUUCACUUAAGCCUCCAAGAAGUUCUUCUACUUCUGCUUCUAAUAAGUGGAGGGGUUUUUUGGGUCUUAGAAAAUCUAACAUUGCCUCAAAAAAGGUUGAGAAAAUUGAACCUUGUUUUGAUUCUGGUAAAAGUUUCUCUUUUUCAUUAGAAGAUCCAAAUCUUGCCAAAUCUCCUCAGGAAUUGAUGAGCAGUGAAGGUCAAAGUAGCAAUGAUAUGGAGAUGGGGAUAUAAUUACAAAGAUCAGCUUGGUGUUCAUAGAGGGAAGGUGCAACUUUGUUAUUUUUGUCUUUUUAAUAUUAAAUUUUUUAUAUUUACCUUCAAUUUUUCUGAGGAGGUUAAGGUUAUUAUGUUGGAAUCUGAUACUUUUAUGUGGGUUUAAUUUAAUGGGUUGUUGAUUUAUUCACCUUUUUUUGGGGACUUUCUAGUCAUUUCUGCCCUAGAAGUUUGUCCUUUAAGGUGUUUUCAUGUACAAAAAGGAAGAAAAAAAAGAAAAAAAAUAUGUUUUUAGGAUGUUCUUUUUCUCUCUGUAGCUCUCUCUUUCUAUUGGUUCAGAUCAGUUGGUGCUUCUAUUUGGGUCUUGUAAUGUACUUUGAUUCCUAUCUAAUGUACUUGGGUCUGUAAUCUACCAGUAAUCUACAUACUAGCUACCUUAAUUUUGCAUACACUAUCCCCUUCCCAAUUCAUCCAAUAAAUAAAAGGAAAAAUUUAAAAAUCCCAACUUUUGCCGGCUGUCUUUUAAAAAUUUCACCUUUCGAUCAUUUUUUUAAAAUUCAACCUUUAUACUACAUUUUCUUUUAAAAAUCCGAUCUUUUGGUUCUUAAUUUGUUUACUGUUAAAUUUUGCAAGUAACUUAAUGAUGUUAGUACUUUAAAAGAAAACGCAGUAUAAAGGCCGGAUUUUUAAAAAGUAAUGAAAAGGUGGGAUUUUUAAAAAACAAAAGGUGAAAUUUUUAAAAGUAAAUUUUCCUAAAUUAAAUUCUUUUAUAAUAUAGCAUCAAUAUCAUUAUAUUGCAUUUUUUUUCAUUUGAGUUUUCUUUAUUAAUCCAGCAAACUUAGCAAGAAAAUUUAAUAUUAUUUCAGUUCUGAAAUAUUUAUAAUUAAUUGUUACAUAUUGUGUGUAAAAGAAUUACUAUAAUAAAACGGAAGUGAUACACAUUCUUACUACUAUUCUUGCUUGUUUUUAAGUACUAAUGUCAAAAGUUGGUGAGUUUGAUGUGAACAUAUGAAUGAAAUCACUAAUUAGGAUGCAAUUAGGCAUAAAGCCCAAUUGAUGGAGACAGGUUUUUAAGAUAUUUGAUUUAGAUGUUGAUAGAGACUGCUUUUAAGUUUUAACACCUGAGGUAUCACUUUUUAAUCAUAAUUAUCCAUCUUUUGUUUUGCUACUUUUUUGAGAUUUUAGAUAAAAAUGUGAUGAAUUAUAGAGCUAUUUAAUCUCCGUUAUUUGUCGUUUUGAGCUCGUAAAAGAGAGACUAAAAACAACAAAAAUUCCUUUGUACGCUUAUAAUGGGUUAUUGGCCUAGUGAAAAGGGUAUUCUAUGUAGUUUUCUCUUUGUUCCUAUGAAAAAUCAUUAUUUGACUAGAAUAUGUGAGUUUUUUGAAUCAAAUGGAGUUUUCGCAGCUAGACUGAGGGGUAAAAUUUACUGAGAAAUAGUCUUAAGUUAUGUUACUUGGACUUAGGUACUGGUAUUGAAUACUGGUAUGUGUCCUAGUGUCGGAUACGGCUUAAAAUGAAAUGUUUAAGUCUCAUAUCAAUAUACGAGAAUCAAAGAUUAGACACGGGUACCUGCAGCAAAACAAGGAGUACAAUUAAGAUAAGUAUAAGAGCAGUGACAUAGUUGGAUUUGUGUAAAGAUGAGAUGAAGACCAAAUCUUAGAUUACAUUGGCCAGGUGAGUGGAAUUCAAAAGCAAUGGACAUAAAGUGAUAUAGGGAGUAGUACUAAUAAUGUAGUAGUAGCAAUCCAAUCAGGAAAAUAACCAAACAAAAGAGUACAUGUUGCUGCAUUGCAGAAUAACAGAAAAGGCCCCAACUCUUUAUAAAUGCAGCCAAAACAAUUGAUCCCCCAAAAACUAUUUCAACCCUUUGGAAGUCUUUGAACUGAAAUGGAAUGGAGUAACAUUUACAUUUUAGAGUAACAUUUAACAAAAGAUCACUUACCUUUGAAAAUUAACUUGGGCCUUGUAUGGUUGUUGAAUCUUUUUCUCCUUUUUGGUUGUUUUUUCUUCUUUUUAUCUUUUUAAGUUUUUUAGUGUCUAAACAGCUAAAAAAGUAUUUAUUAAGAUAGCUUUUUAGCUAUAUAAAUUGUUGUAUGAAAUGAUCUUAUUGAGAGGCGCGUCUUAUACAUGAGUCAUAUGGUUCAUUUCAUAUAUAUUAUGAGAAUAUAAGCUAUUUGUUUGAGGUCGUCCACUGAAAUCCGAGUUCUCACAAGAGUAGCUCUUUUAGCCAAAAUGAAUUAGUUCGUUUUGUUUAAGACCAUUUUACCAUGAGACGGACUCAUAUAAUUAGUUUAUUUCUCUAAUUAAUAACUUUAAAAUUGUAAGUGAUCACAUUAUCAUACUAAAUGUAUAUGAGCUAGUCCAAUAGAGAAAACCGUCUCAUUUAAGAAUUUAUGAAUAAAAAGGUUAUAUUAAGUUGAUUUUUCAUUGAC